CCACCACCAGCUACCACGAGCCAAGACUUGGCUUCGACUGUUCAGCGUUCAUUAUCUUUCUCUCACCUUCAGGAAUCAACAUAGAAGAAAUUUAUAUCGUGUAUAUUAUACGAUACUCUUGAACGAUACGUACGAGGUCUUCACUCGUGCACCUGGCACUUAAUGCGGCCCGCGGCAGAAGAACUUGAAGGACCGUGGGACUACGAAUCCGUCACCCAUGAUCUGUGGGGCACAUUUUCGACUGUCUCGGUUGUCCAGGGGUGGUGGCUUAGAAAGUUUGUACAACCGGCCCUGCAAAUGUUCAAGAACAUGAUCUCCAAGUGGAUUACAAGUCUUUUUGCGAUGGUAUUCAUCGUUCAGGCAUCUUCGAAUCAAGAAAAGGACGCGUUCCUCGACUCCCUUGUCAACGAAAUGGCGAUUCCUGAACUCGUCAUGCAGCUCCAUCUCAUGUUUGCCGAUAAUGUUGUUGGGCCUAUGUCAAAAAAUGAGCUAUAUGACUUUGCUAUGCAAUCUGCACCAACGGCCGGUAUUGGCGUCAUCCACGACUGGUAUCCCACAGAUCCAGAAUAUUAUAAUACACUCCAGAAGCUUAACCGCCACAAGAGCCGUCUUGGGAUCCCGUUUAUGCAACUAGGCGAAUGUGUGCAUGGUGUAGGAUCAUUCAAGCAGUCGAUGUUUCCUCAGGCCAUCGGAAUGGGCACUAGCUUCGAUCGACAAAUGGUGUACCGGGUCGGGAGGGCCAUUGGUGAAGAAGCGAGAGCUAUAGGUAUUCAUGCAUGUCUAGCACCUGUGCUUGAUUUGGGGAAAGAACCGAGAUGGGGACGAGUCCAGGAGGAUUGGGGAGAAGACUUUGUCCUUACGUCUCACAUGGGGGUUGCGUUCGCUUCUGGAUUGUCAAAGAACGGAUCAUGGAGCGAUCCUGAUGCUGUAGUUCCCGUUAUGAAGCACUUUGCCGCACACGGAAGUCCGCAUGGCGGAAUAAAUGCUGCCUCUUUCAUGGGCCAUGGAAUGCGUCAGGUCAUGAUGGAGAUGCUUGUGCCGUUUAAGGCUAUUUUCGAUCUUGGAGGAGCGAGAGGUGUCAUGAUGGCAUACCACGAAUUGGAUGAGAUUCCUUCCCAUGUACAUCCAUUACUAUAUGAUGCAUUGGAGGAGUGGGGUUUCGAUGGUUUUAUCAUGGCUGAUGAUACAGGAAUGAUAAUGCUGAAUAUACGACAUACUGUGUCAAAUUCACCCGCGGAUACCAUACAACAAUGGUUCAACGCUGGCGGAAAUCUGCAGUUCUAUGAUUACGAUCUUCCAACGUACCUAAAUUGCACUAUUGAUCUCAUAAAGAACGGAACUGUGGCUGAAUCCACUUUGCGGUCACAUGCUCGAAGGAUACUCAGUGUCAAAUAUGAUCUCGGACUCUUCAAUGAUCCCUACAUCCCCAAAGGCCUCGAUUACAGGACUCUAACAGCCGACCAUGUUUCUCUCACUCUUGACGCUGCCCGCCGAUCUAUUGUCCUUCUCGAGAACAAAAACGCGACGCUCCCCAUCAAACCUGCGGAGCAAGGAAUUUCUAAGAUCGCACUCAUCGGACCCUUUUCCGACAUUCUCAACUAUGGCGACUACUCAGGCUCCUGGGGUGAGUACCCUGUCGCCAAUUCGAGCACCAUCAGACAGGCGAUGACGGGGUACCUCUCCGCCAACGUCAGUCUCGUGUCGAGCUGGGGCGCUGAUACCUGGAUGUACACUGCCCAACAUGCCAUACCAGGAUACCAUCUUUCCGUUAACGGCACUUCCGGUGGACUACUCGCUACAUACUACUCUGAUACCAAUUUCACCCACGCAGUCUUCCAAGUACAGGAGCAGCCAAAUCGGGACUGGGGACUCUACCCUCCCCUUGGCCUGCCUUCAAAUAAUUUUAGCGCGGUUUGGGAAGGUGAGCUCGAGGUACCGGUGGAUGGGAGUGACGUGGAGGGAUACAUCGGAGUCGCAGUCUAUGCAAACAAUACGGGGCGGGUAUAUGUUGACGAUGUCCUCGUCGCUCAGUCCGAGUUCUCAGACACUGGGACUGUCAUGGGCGAUAUCCAGUCACUGAGCUAUGUCCAAGUGAAUGCGACGAGUACGCCACCUGGGGGCGCUCCGUUCACCUGGAAAGCCGGUGCGAGACAUAAACUGAGGGUAGAGUUCCAAGCGUGGAAUCUGUGGCAAAAGGUAGAGAAUGUUAAUUCGAUCAACGCACAAGUGGACCUGUUUUGGAAUUUAGUGGAUCGGGAAGAUGCAGUAGGAAAGGCUGUGGACAUCGCAUGUGAAGCAGACCUGGUGGUAUUAGCCGUUGGUGCAAGCUGGAGUAGCGAUGGAGAAAAUGGAGAUAGGGCUACCUUGGAAUUGUCUGUGAAUCAAACCAAACUAGCUGACGCAAUCUUCGCUUUGGGGAAGCCUGUAGUGCUGCUGCUAGAGGGCGGUCGGCCGUUUGCGAUUCCAGAAUAUUAUAGCAAGUCUGCCGCUGCCAUCAAUGCUUUCUUCCCAGGUCAAUCGGGCGGACAAGCUAUCGCGGAUGUUUUAUUUGGGGAAUUCAAUCCUGGGGGCAGAGUACCGUUGAGCGUGCCGUAUGAUGUAGCGCAGCUUCCCGUUUACUACAACUACAAAUUUACGGAUCACGCGAUUAAUUACACCGAUCUGUAUUCUUUUCCUACGUACUCAUUCGGCUAUGGCCUGUCGUAUACGACGUUCUCUGUACAGAAUUUCAAUUCCACUUCUACCGGCGGAGUGAGGACGUUCGCCCCUGGUGAAACAAUCACUUUCCGCGUGGAGGUGACCAACGAAGGGAAUAUUGCUGGUUCAUAUGUCGCUCAGGUCUAUCUCUUAGUCCGAGUCUCCACCAUCGUGCGCCCGCGGAAGCAGCUCGUCGCCUUUGACAGAGUUUAUCUUGAUGCAGGGCAGACAAAGGUGGCGACGAUGGAGCUCGAAGUGGACAGGUAUUUGAGAAUUGUUAAUAGGAGAUACGAAUGGGAGCUGGAGAGAGGAGAGUAUGUUUUUGCGUUGCUUGAACAUGGGGGUCCGGACGCAAAUACGAUGACCAAUGUAACGAUGCUUUGCCUGGGAUAACUUGAAGGUAGACAUAAUAUUUGCCCCGUCGGACGUAUACAUCAGUAUGUAACAAUAGUUAGUCAGUCAUAUCCUCCUGAAGAUAAAGAUGGCGGUAAACUCCCUCCG